GUCCCCUCUUGGUAAUUUAAAUAGCCCCCUUACGGAAUUUGAUGAAUAGAGUCGCUGUCAAAAGCGUUAGACGGAGAGGAGAGCUGGCUGACAGACAGACAGCUGUGACAGAGAGCGGAGGAGCACGAGCUGCGUCAUGUCUCGUUCUCACGCGUACAUCUAGUUAUUUAUCCGCGGAGUUGGACGUCGGGGAGAGUUUGCUCAACUGUUACCGUCCCGGGCUUAAUGUUCCGUGGCUAAUCCUGUUUUGUUCUUUUCUGGAGAGAUAUGGAUCCCGGAGCAUGUCGAGCUUAAGUGUGGGUUCACAGCUUUGAGCGUGCGGAGGCUGAAUAUUUCCCCAGGUUCAAAAAGUUCUCUCGUCAGGAGGAAAAGCUUUGUCUCCGCAAGGGUGAGUGAACCUUGAUUGGUUACACCCGUCUCACCCAUCCUGUGUAUUAGGAGCCUCAGAGGGCCACAUCAUCAUGGUGAACAGUCAAGUGCCAGGUGUACCGUCAGACCCCAGGUCUUGUGCAGGAUGUGGGGGGAAGAUUGCCGACCGCUUUCUGCUCUUCUCCAUGGAGCGCUACUGGCACACGCGCUGCCUCAAGUGCUCUUGUUGCCAAGCCCAGCUGGGGGACAUUGGUACCACCUGCUACAGCAAAGGGGGCAUGAUUCUUUGUCGGAGCGACUACAUCAGACUGUUUGGGCACAGCGGGGCGUGCAGUGCCUGCAGCCAGUCAAUUCCAGCCAACGAAAUGGUGAUGAGGGCACAAGGAAAUGUUUACCACCUCAAGUGUUUCAGCUGUGCCACUUGCAGGAACAGACUAAUGCCUGGCGAUCGCUUCCAUUACAUCAACGGUACAAUUUUCUGUGAGCACGACAGACCGGGUGCUGCCUUGCUCAACAGCCACCUGCCGGCACUCCAGAGCAGCUCUGUGCUGACAAACCAGAAGGUAUGCUGAGUGGCAAAUGUGCCAUGCGCUGCCCUCGCCUUCCUCUCCAAAGCUUCACUCCUUCCUUCUCUUGUGCUACUGUUGCUGUUGUCGUGGAUUCCCAUCACGACCCACCUGCUUCUCAUCCCCUCCCAGAGUGGACACAGUUUCUCAGUUUCUCACUCAAGAUAUCCCACGGCUUGUCAUACCAGAGAGACCCUCUGUACUACAUGCAAAGUCCCAUCUAUGUUGUGGUCAAUGGUAAAGUGGUUUGUGCAUUAUGCAAAGACUCAGGAGUUGCACUAGCAAAAGGCCCUUAAAGGACAAAAGGCUGGAUGCCAAGUGGAAGAGAGCAAAAGCUGCUUGAGUGAACAUCUAAUGGACUGCUGUAAAAUGACUGAAGUUUUGCUUGAUGCCUUGUGGCAUUUUUUUCCCCCUGAGCAUCACUGUUUUAAUUUUUUAAUUUUAUUUUAUUUUAUUACUAAACUCCUGAUUUCGCUCUUACGUACAUGUUCACUUGGAGAUCUGACACAAAGGAGAUAAAAUUGAUGGAUGACAAAAAUCUGAAAAUAUUCAGUCAUUGGAAAUCCUUCAACCCACACCAGAAACUUUUAAAGCCUGUCGCUGCUUCGUCAUGUAUCGAUUUCUCUUGUGCCCUGCACAUCGACAAAAUAAAACAAACCCGUGAAACUUUUUA